ACCACUGGGCGACGGGCGCGGCAGCACUGCAGCAGGGCGGCGAGGGCGGAGGCGGCCAGGUCGCUGGGGUGAGGCAGCGCGGGAGCGGCAACUGACGAGGGCUCUCCAAUUCGGAUCCAGCGCCGUGUGGAUUCGUGCUCUCCCUCCCGCCGCGCCGGAGGAGAGGGAGUGCUGGGACGCCGUGGAGGAGAAGGAAAGGUGGGGCGACGCCGACAGCGGAGGCUCACCGUCACUGAACUCUGCCUCGGUGAGGUUGAUUUUACGAAGUACAUGCCACUGUAGAACAAAAUUUCAUAAUGCUUUGGCAAACGAGUUGUAGGCUAUGGCAAGCCGUAUCCUGUCGCGUCAAAAUCUGAGAAAGUUGGCUUCGUUCACUCUCCAGAAUAUAUCCCAGAGGCAACUAAUUUCUCCGUACCCUCCAGCUCUUAGAUCUACUAUUGCUUCUCCCAGCAAAUUCCUGAGCCCCCUUUACCUGUCUGGGCAUUCAUUGGCUGUGAGAUGGGCAACCUAUGGAUCAGUGAAUCUUGUUUUGUCUGAUGAUGGAAAACCCAAGUUUCAAAUUGAGGAAGUGGAGCCCUCCACAAAGAGAAGGUAUUUGACAAAGAAGCGCUUGAAGGUUCAGAGGAAGAAGGAAAAGAAGAAGAGGAAGGAGGCAAAUAAAAAUGAUCCACGGCGCAUCAGGCCCAAGGGAAAGAAGAUAAAACAAAAAUUUCCCACACCAGAAGCUAGGCUCAAAUAUAAGAUCGAGAAGGCCAAACUAAAGGAAGUUAGGUUGGUCGAAAAACUAAAGAAGUAUGAGGUUGCCAAAGCUCAAGGCCCUAUGGCUAAACCAGAUGAUCUCAGUGGCGAGGAAAGGUUUUACUUGAAGAAGGUUUCACAGAAAAAAUCAAAUUAUGUCCCUGUUGGAAGGCGAGGAGUGUUUGGAGGCGUAAUUCUGAACAUGCAUUUGCAUUGGAAAAAACAUGAAACUGUGAAGGUCAUAUGUAAGCCCUGCAAACCAGGGCAGAUCCAGGAAUAUGCAAAUGAGAUAGCACGACUGAGUGGCGGUAUCCCUGUCAACAUCAUUGGAGAUGACACCAUAGUCUUCUACCGAGGAAAGAACUAUGUUCAGCCAGAAGUUAUGUCGCCUAUUGAUACGCUGUCAAAGAAAAAGGCACUUGAAAAAUCAAAAUAUGAACAGUCGCUGGAGACAGUUCGGCGUUUCAUUGCAAUAUCUGAAAAGGAGCUUGAGCUUUAUUAUCGGCAUGUUGCACUUUAUGGAAAUCCACAAUCCCAGAAAGCUGAUCUUGUUUGUGGUGAUGAUAGAGAAACUUCUUUGCUUAAAAUGGGAGGAUUGGAUCAAGGGAAGGACCAAGAGCCUCAUCUGGCUACCAAUCAUUUUUCUGAUCACCACGUCAGUGAUGUUUCUGAAUCCGAUGAAGAAGAUAGUUCCGGUAGUGAAUAUGAUGUUAAUGACGAUGAGACUGAAAGCAUAACCAGCAUUUCUGAAGACUCUAUUGUUUCUGAUCAUGGCGAUUUAGCCAACUGGGGCGAAGCGUGAUUACCUUGUCUCACAUAAUUACCUUGUUUGGCUAGAAAUUUACCUUACACCAAGCCACCUCAUCAUAACAUGGGUGUUCCUCAUCACUCAGUUUGAAUGAUAUAAAUGUUAGAUUUUGCUGUACGAAUUGUCAUAUUAUGCUGAUUAGUGGUUACAGCUUUCUGUCCCUUCUGUUGUCAGGUAUAAUUAAGCUUAUUUUUGUGGUCGUUUACCUUGAAAGGCUUGAUGUAUGCCAGUACAACAAAUUCAGCCUUA